UGCUUUUUGAGAUAUAUUUUAGAACCCCCCCGCGCGCACCUCUUUUCAUUUCCGCCUCAUAAAAAUCCCCCGUUGACCCUUACCGCCACCGCAGCCUUGCUCCGAUCGCUACGGCGCCGUGACGUCGCCUCCUCCUCUCUCUCCGCCUUCCAAUCUGCCAUGGCAUGCUGACAUGUAGCCUUUUAAUGAGGGACUGGUGGAUGUUGAAUUUGGAAUAGUGGUGGAUUCAAGGUGUGGGGUCUAGUGGGUUUGCAGCAAAUUUGGUGAUUGGUUUUGAUUUGGUUCAAUUUGGAUCCAGUUUUGUGUUUACCUUGUUUUGAGACAGUUAGGUUCAAUUUGAUAUCAUCUUGGUGUAUAUUACUGAAUUUGGUCGCAAAAGGAGAUAAUAAAAUGGUGCUUUGAGGUUGAAAUCUUGCAAUUUACUGUGAUUUGAAUCUAUAAUUGAUUUUAUAGCAAAGUGGAAUCAGGAUUUUCUGGAUUGGAUUGAUUUGAUAGACUUUAUUGCUGUUAUUGGAUUGACUAUUUAAAGAUAAGCUGCAUUAAAUUAUGGACCUAGCUCAUGAAGAACCAAUGGGAGAUAGAGAAGCAGAGGAGAUGGAGACACAACCUUUGGAAGGCACUCCUCUCAGGGAGCCCCCUGUCUACUGGUCUCGUUUCCAAGGUGAGGUGAGACAGAAAGCCUAUAUUUUUGAUGGCUAUGGGAACGUUUACAAUAAGGAAUGGGAUCUAGUAGAAGGUAGAGGCAAUGAGUUUUGUUGGUAUCAUGUGGAACUGCCAAAAGUAAACCAGAAACUGUCACAAUCUGCACAAUACCUCAUUAGUGUUCUUUGUCCACCUUUGAAACUCCAAGACAUUCUUUCACUUGUCAGCAAUGGACCCUAUUGUGGGCAUGUUGAUGGGGCUCUUGUCUUCAGAGCUAAUUCGCCUGGUCCUCCCUCUAGCGAUUUUACAUUUAGAAUCGCUGCUAGAGUUACUGAGAAUUCAGUGAUUACAGUAUCAUUGGGCCGUGUUCCUAGAUUGGGCUUCUCGAGGAUGGGUCAGUCUCUUCUCUCAGAGAUUCCAAGAGUGGAGAGUCCGCCUUAUCUUAGGGGUGAAGAGAAGGAAGGGGGUGGAAUUGUUAUUAGGGAGCAUGUUCUUGAGUUCUUGUUGACAAUGAAUCACUCUGAGGAGGCUGACAAUCCUGUGCCAAAAUCUGUUUCUAAUCUUGUUGUCCAUAUUCUUGACACGCAUGUGGAUCACCUUCAAGAUGUUGUGACUAAACUCGAGAUGGAGUUGGAUUCUGUGGAGAUUCAAAUGGAUAAAGGUGGUUUUGCUUUGAAGAAGCAAAUGCUUGAUGAUAGAAGAUUCCCCAAAAUGCAUCUUAAUUUGCAGCGACUUUUGCAGGUGAUAGCACAUGGGGAGCAAGUAUUUCCACGAGUGAAGGAAAAAUGUUCUUCAAAAAGUUGGUUUGCUAGCGAAGACAUUAACUUCCUUGAAGAGUUGAUCGGACAGUUAAGGAGGCUAAAAGACAAUGUGGGGUUUAUAGCAAAUCGUGUCACAGCAAUCCAAGCUGGCCUUGAUAGCUGGCAGGCUGAGCAAAUAAACAGGAAAUUGUAUUAUCUUUCAUUCCUUUCAAUAAUAUUCCUUCCUUUGUCCAUCAUCACCGGAGUGUUUGGCAUGAAUGUGGGAGGAGUUCCAUGGACAGGGCAAAUAGACCCAAAUAUAAAAGACGGUUUCCGUAAUGUCAUUAUACUCUGUGCGGCAAUGCUACUUCUGGUGCUACUGUGCUUCUGUUUCCCUGCUCUUUAUACCCAUGUAGUUGCUUGGCACCGAAGGAGGGGUAUGAGGAGAAGCUGGUCUCUUAACAGGAAGUCAUUCCUGAAGAGAACCAAAGAAAAUGGAGGAGUUCAAGAAAGAGGAGGUUAUCUUCGGAUUUGAAGGGAAGAGAAAAUAUGUCCAUUAUCUUUGUGUAAGACAAUAAGAGAGGAAUGACAAAUUUCAUAAGGAAAUAGCUGGAAAUUCGGAGAUCCUGAAAAGUCGAUCGAUCGAACUUAAAAUUCGAUCGAUCGAAACUUUGCCCGAAGUCGAUCGAUCGAAAUAAAAGUCGAUCGAUCGAAAUUUCCCAGAAACUGCUUUUGCAGAGCGCGCCAGAACGCCCAAUCAGAUGCCAAAAAGCAAUCCUCCCUCUGAUUUCCGCUGCAGAACACGCUGGUUUCGUGUUUGUGGUUGUCUCUAGCUGCAGAGGAACCCUAGAGGAGGGUAGAGGAAUCAUUUCUUGCCCUAGCUUUCUUCUAUAAAAGCCAUAGCCAUCCCCUUGUUGAAGGAGUAGUAGAGAGAGUAGGAGAGGAAAGAAUAGAGCAGAAACUCUGUAGAUAGGUUUAAUUUCGUGCUUCUUGUAGUGUAAUUCAAUAGUUUAUUUUCAGAUACUUUUUCUUUGUAGAGCUUUUCUUUCAUUUCCAUGGUUGUUCAUCAUUUUCUUGUGGUGUUCUUAGUCAUGGAAGACUAGUAACCUCAACUAGGGUUGAGGAUGAAACCUUUCCAUUGAUAACACUCACAAUCUUGCUGUACCACUUGCACAUUUAAAGAUAUAUCAUGUUAGUUGUUCAAGUUC